AUGUCAAACGAGACUUUAGACCCGAUUAACGGGAAGGUUUGGCUGCUGGCAGUCAACUCAUCGCUUGCUUUUCUUCAAGAAAGACUUCAGCAGUACGAGUUGGUCGAAAUGAAACUUCUCGCUCAGCAGAGGGAUCUUCAGGCCAAAAUCCCUGACAUUGAGAAGUGCCUAGAUAUAGUUGCCGCAUUGCAAGCUAAGAAGGGUACUGGUGAGGCGUUGAUUGCUGAUUUCGAAGUUUCUGAGGAAAUAUAUUCACAGGCUCGAAUCAAGGAUGCAGAGUCGGUCUGUCUAUGGUUGGGAGCAAAUGUCAUGCUAGGGUAUUCUUGUGAAGAGGCAAAUGCUCUUCCACGUAAGAAUCUUGAAAAUGCAAAAGUGAGUUUAGAAGUCCUUGUUGCUGAUCUGCAGUUCUUGAGAGACCAAGUGACAACAACCCAAGUUACACUCACUCGAGUAUAUAAUUGGGACGUUCAUCAACGAAGGAGUAAGCAAGCUCUUUGUUUUGUUUUUUUUUUAUUGUUGGCAUGUGCUAGAUUAAAAUGUGACACAUGGAACGCUCAGAGAUUAAAUCAGGCACUUGUAGCUGCUAAAGCUUAA